GAUACACAAAUAGACAACAAUAAGUAUCUGUAACAAACAUUUUGUCCAUUUUUGACUGCCAUUCGGGUAAUAUCAUUUCAUUCCGUUAUUUUAAAAAGAAAAAUACCUUAACUGACUUUCUUUAUUCAUUUAUUUAUGUAUUAUUUUUUGAAAUGACUAAACUGGAGACUAAAUUGAUAUUUUGGGCUCUCGCGCUGUUGGCGCUCACCUGCGCCGAAGCCGAAAACCCGGAUGGAAAAACGACCGGUCUGCGCGCGCUCAACGUCACGGCCGCGCGACUACCGCGCGCGCCGCCGCCCAUGUGCACGGGACCCACAGAGAUCCGGGACGCGUUUAAGUACAUAAACGCGGCCGUGUCGUGUCUCGUGUUCGUGGUCGGGCUCGUGGGCAACUCGGCGCUGCUGCGGAUCAUCUACGCGAACGAGCGCAUGCGCAACGGGCCCAACCUGCUCAUCGCGAGCCUGGCGCUCGGUGACCUCGUGCACGUCGUCAUCGGCAUCCCCGUUAACGUGUACAAGCUUCUGGCUGAAGACUGGCCUUUUGGUGUUGGAAUUUGUAAAUUGGUUCCUUUUGUGCAGAAGGCAUCGGUCGGCAUCACUGUCUUGAGUUUGUGCGCAUUAAGCAUAGACAGGUACCGAGCGGUGGCAUCCUGGAGCCGCAUCAAAGGUAUCGGAGUGCCCAAGUGUACGACCAUCGAGAUCGUACUGAUAUGGCUGCUCUCCGUCAUUCUGGCAGUGCCCGAGCUCAUCGCCUUCGAUAUGAUCACUAUGGAUUAUAAAGGAGAGCACUUGAGGAUCUGCCUGCUGCAUCCCAUGCAAAAGAGCCAGUUCAUGAAUGUUUAUAAGUCAGCAAAAGAUUGGUGGCUCUUCAGCUUUUACUUCUGCAUGCCGCUGGCCUGCACCGCCAUCUUCUACUCCCUCAUGACCUGUGAGAUGCUGCGUAAGAAGGGCAGUGCACAGAUUGCUCUGACCGACCACCUAAAACAUAGACGCGAGGUGGCAAGGACGGUCUUCUGCCUGGUGUUGGUCUUCGCUCUGUGUUGGCUGCCUCUGCACCUGAGCCGUAUUCUCAGACUCACCCUUUAUAAUGAGGACGAUCCGAACCGCUGCGAGUUUCUGAGCUUCUUCCUGGCCCUGGAUUACAUUGGGAUCAACAUGGCUUCAGUGAACUCAUGCAUCAACCCAAUAGCUUUAUAUAUGGUCAGCAAAAGGUUUAAGAGUUCCUUCAGGUCUUGCCUCUGUUGUUGGUGUCUACCUCCUGAGGUGUUAGCAGUGGAUGGACAGCAGUCCUGCGUGAAGCUGAAAUCGGCAGAGCACGGGUCAGAACAGAGCAGCAAACAAGUACACUUCGCUUUAAGUGCUCACCCCAAGGACAAUUCUGUAUAUACAAAGGGUAAUACUAUAUGUAAUACAAACCUUUUGACUUUGAGUGACCACUCUGCUCUCUGUGCACCAUCUGCGCCAUUCGCAGCACAUGAAAUGAGGAUGUAUUGUGGAGUAGGUCACUACUCGGAGUAGCUACUGUACAGACACCUAAAGUGUAUAUAGUCAUAUUGUCUUGCUGAAUGAGACACACCAAUCACUAUGUUGUUGACAUGAUCAUUGUAACUGAUGCUCCUGUUAGCGCUACUGAUGUCAAACAUUAUUCUGACCAACCAGAUUUAAGAAACUCAAUAUCACUAUGGUAUAAAAUUGUCGAAAUUAUUGCAAUAGGAGGUUAAAUAUAACCGCUAAAUACUGUACUGUAUGUGGAGCCAAUUGACAGAAAUACAUCCCAGUGUUCCACUGCAUACUCAAAGCUACCGGCACAUUCUUUCAUGCUGACAAGAGCAAACAUAUAGUGCUUCAUGCCUUCUGUUAGCGUGAUAUGAUUUUAGUAGGGUUGCUUGAAGCCUGCUUGAGGGGUUCACUUGUAAUCAGAGCUGUUAAUAACUCCGGUGAAUUAUUAUUUAAUAUAAUUUUGUGGCUGUAUGUUAAGUUUGUAUCUCAUAUUUAAAUUAGCAACUGUGUAAUUUGAAGUACCAUAAAAUGUCUCGACUAUAUAAUUCCAUUUUAUAAUAUAUUGCAUCAUAUAUGGGUGUUACAACACAAUUUAAACAGAAGAUUAAGGGAACGCAGGGGUGGCGGAGUGGCCUAGUGGUUACAGAUUUGAAUCUUGACCGCGUGAAAUCUCCAUGCUUGGUCGUUUCCUCCCUCAGGCCUAAAACAUGCAGCAUAGGCUGAUUGGCAUUUACAGAUUGCUUGUGUCUUCUGAUGACUUGGCAAUCCAUCAAGUGUGUACCCCGUCUUGUGCAAUGGGAAGGACUCCAGCCCACCUGCAAUCCUAUACAGGAUAAGUGGUAUAUAGAUGACGGAUGGAUGUUUAACAGGUCCUAUUCUAUAUGUUGAUAAUGGUUACAUUGUUCACAGAGAAAUCAAGAACGGCAAAUGCAGCCAAGAUUUACUGCAAAUAGGUAAACAAUGAGAUCACGUUCAAGCUGGUGAAGAACGUCAAAUGACAGAACUCAAUACAUUACAGUGGAUUCAGGAACCCAACAGACAGAAAAGUCUGUUUUUUUGCCAAUAAACUCUCUCAGUAGUGUAUGUGAACUCCUGAUGUCCUUCCAGAGACACUCUGCCCCACACUAUGGGGGGACAUUUACUGAAAGUAUUGUGCUUCAUUCUGUUUCCAAAUUCUCACAUGUUGGUCACAGUUGGAAAUGUGGAAACUCUGUGAACAUUUUUCAACAAUCUAAGUCUCCAGUGAGAAGUUUGCCAGACCUGGUAUUCCCUGCCAAAUGCCAAGUGUGCAAUAUCUUGGUGUGAGCUACUGUAUAGACCUCGACGGGGAAUUCUGCUCCUUAAACCACUUUCAUUCAAACAGUAUCUGGCAGUCUGGCCAACAAUUUUCUGAUGUUUGUUGGCACUUAAAAAGUCUCUUUGCAAGGGAAUUUUUAAACCCCAAUUUUAUAACCUUAUGGGACCACGGACGUAUUCGCACCAUAGACGACCAUAGGUACCCAAGUUUCACUUGUGUCUGUGGGGACUAAAAGAUAAAGAAAAUCCCAACAUCUUAAUGUGAGCUACUAUAGAGACCUCGACAAGCAAAAACUGGCAAAAAAGGAAACUCUGGCUACAACAGAAAGGCACCAGAACCCCCAGUGCACCAUGGCCUGCUGCGUACAAAUCUUACCAGGCAAAGAGUUCAAAGUUGUUGAUCUGGCAUCCAAAUUCCCCCGGAUCCCAACCAUCCAUGGAAGCCCCACCUACAACCCACAGCACUAAAACAAUCGACGCACAUAUAUAUCUUGCACCUUUAGGAUAGAGGGUUCAAUUCCCGCCUGUGCUUGGCAGGUCUCCUCCAGGUACUCUUGUUUCCUCCUACAGUCCAAAGAUUAUGUUAAUUGGGAUUUCCAAAUUGUCCAUAAUGUGUUUGUAUGUGGACCCCUGUGAAGGAUUAGUACCCCAUCUUGUGCCCUUAGUCCCCUGUUAUAGGCUCCAGUCCCCCACGACCCUGAACGCAGGAUAAAGCAGUAAAGAAGAUCAGAAUCAGAAGGAGGUUUAUUGCCAAUUACGUUUGCAUAUACAAGGAUUUAGUUUUAAUGACAGAAGCUUCCAGAGCCAACAACAAAGAAAUGGAAUAAGAUGUGGGAUAAUAUCAAAUAAAUAUCAGCGGUGACUGAACGAAUAUCUUCCUCUGAGAUAUGCGACACAAGUCGACCACAGCUGCCGGAGCAACAUUAGGGAACGCAUAAACACACUCAGUGGGAAGCGUUAUCCUCCUCUUCCGCUACUGGCGCUAUGAUUGAUGUGAGAGAAUGUCGUAUGCACCCUAGAGAGAGAAUGGCUAAUCCGCUCUAGACUCCAAGCAAGUAGUUGUAGCAAACAAUAACAGUCCUGAGAACAGUUUAAGAGUCUCAGAACUGGUUUAAUCCAAUAGGCAAAAAAUUGCAGGACUGUUUUCAGAACUCAGUUUGAAUUCAUCGUGCAUCACAAGCAGGUACAGUACGUACCAACCUCUGGCCCAGCUCGCCAGAAAAAAAAAACAUUUAAAAAGAAAUUUGUAUAAUUUGAAUUAAUUUGCAUUAAAAACAUUUUUUAUUGUUGUCUUAACAUAGGGGGCAAUUUUUGAGUAGUGUUCAUUAGAUCUGCAUAUGUAAUCACAGCUUCUUAGACUAAUCAGUGCGUAUUGUGGAUUUCUUUCAUCUUUAACCUGUAGCUGGCUCUCCAUUCGAAUAAAGACAUGACAGAACUGGGUCAGAGACAAGAAAAAAACAAAAGAAAAAUCAGCAGGUGGUUCAAAGUUGGCAAAGCUCAAUUCAUCUCUGUUGAUGAAAACCAAGACCGAACCCAUGCAGCUUGAUUUACUUGUUUACUUUUAGACCAAAAUAAACUUUGGUAAUUCAGUUUUCCAACUUUGCACUGCUGCUUCAGAGAGAAUUGCAUAGCGACUGUUUUCUGUCAGGCUUUGAAAUGGUUUCAACCUCCUGCCUUUGUUUAUUUGAAUAAAGAGAAUCUGAAGUGAACAGUCUGAUGUACAAUUGGGUUGUCACUAGAAUACACACAGAUGCAGCCAAUUUGGGAUUCUACAAUAUCACUUUACCCGAAUGAUUCAUCUCGAUAAAGUGAUGAAUGGAUUUGUCUUUGUCACAUUUUUUAUCGCCUUUGUCUACGCAAAGGUCAUACCAUUUAUAAGAGUGCUCUUGAAGGACAUCACAUGAAAGAGGGAAUACACUAGCACCUCAUAUGACUCCCUCAUUUUACUCUCCGGUCACACACAGCACAUUAAAGCAGUGAAUUCUCUCUCGGGUACUUUUGUCCUGCCUCAGGGGCUGUGAAAUUGGCAACAGUGGCGCUGCUGAUCAACGGCAGUCUCCCUCCACGAUGCUUGUCAAAUCAUAAUGGCCAAAGGGCCUUAAAUGACAAAGUAGAUUACCUUCCAGGGGCAUGUCUCCAUGGAAAUGACAAGGGACAGAGAGAAAAGUUCAUACAGUAAAAAUGGUUUAAUACAGUUGUAGUGGCGUCCAAACGUCUGAGUUUAAUAUUAAAGAAAUGUUUAUUUGGUUGCGUAAAAAUGUGUUUUGUAA